UACACGCUCGCAGAAUCGUCGCUCAACGAAGAGGCAUAAUCACAGACCGGCCAUGGCAAAGAAAGCCCCCAAAGCUCGGAAAUCAGCUUCAGCUUCAACUUCCAGUUCUACUGAAAACCCUGAUGGGAAAGAGGUGCUGAGGCUAAAAUCGGCAGCGGAGAUUCAUCUCCGGAGACCUAACUCCGCAAAAAAGUCUAAGGCCACGCUGAAGAAGAAGCCGGGGAAAGUAGAUGCCAAGAAGCCCAAGAAGCCCCCCACUGCUUUCUUCUACUUCUUGGAGGAUUUCAGGAAAGGAUUCCAAGAACAGAACCCAGAUGUCAAGUCAAUGCGGGAUAUUGGCAAAGCUUGUGGUGAAAAGUGGAAGACCAUGACAUAUGAGGAAAAAGUUCAAUACUAUGAUAUAGCCACAGAGAAGCGGGCAGAGUUCGAUAGGGCCAUGUCAGAAUAUAACAAAAGGAAGGAGAGCGGCGAGGAUAAAGAAAGCGAGGACUCGGAGUUUGACGGGUAGGAACGUCAAGGAUGAUCUGUUCCUGGAAGGUUUUCCAUUAGGGAAAUCUUGUACAUAGUUUCAUGGAUCAGGCAUGGUGACUCAGCCAUUUGAACCCCACAUUUGUAUCAUCAUGUACAUGUUCUUUCUGGAAACUGCAUUUGAUGUGAUCGGUAGUGUGGGACAUUGGGUGCCUAAUGCCUUAUGUUUUUGCUGAAAAAUAGUGGAUUUUUUCUUAUCUCA